UGACCUUCUCUCCACACCCCUCGCCGGUUAUUUUGUUUCGCUCUCGACGUCGCAUUCUCCUUUCUGCCAUCGCCGCAACACUUCCCAUCGGAGUCUUGCGUCCCCGUACGCACGUUUGUCCGUAGUCUGCUGCGCGAUCUCGAACCGGACUAUCCAGAACGCUGCACGCCCCGGCAUAAUCUCAGCAGCAAACAUCGACCUCUUCGAUAACCAGUUCGAGAUACCGACUGCAUUAGUCACUCCAACGCCACCAUCCAGCCAAUCCACUCGAACGGCGAGGAUCACUUCAAAGCGUCCACCGAUCAAUUCGCGCUUCGGGCCGGCUUCCGGGCGGCGGACGCGGACAACAGCGGGCGCCUGGGACCCCGGACAGCGUUGGCGGCUGCCCGAAAGUUGUUGGCCGACGAGCCCGGACAACAACAGCCCACCAACAGCGAGCCGCUGCUCGGCAGGGCUGGGGAGAGGUCAGCACCGGACGGUCUGCUGGGCGUCCAUGAGUUCCUGCUGAUGAUGGCGGACACGCUGACCGAGACCACCCACUGGGGCAGCCUCAAGACGGACGUGGCCGGCUACGUGGGCAUCGACACGCUCCAGGAGCAGAUCCGCAAGAAGGUGCUCCGCAGGGGCUUCGAGUUCAACAUCGUCGUGGUCGGGAGGAGCGGCCUGGGGAAGUCGACGCUGAUCAACACGCUGUUCAAGGCCAACAUCAGCAGGAGGACGUCUUCCAAGAAGGGCCAGGAGGCCAGCGAACCCGUGCCGUACGUCGUCCCCAAGACCACCGAGGUCAAGUCCAUAAGCCACGUCAUCGAAGAGAAAGGAACGCGUCUACGACUCACGGUCACCGACACGCCCGGAUUUGGAGACCAGGUCAACAAUGAAAACUGCUGGCUGCCCAUCCUGGAGUACAUCAACGAACAGUACGAGAAGUACCUGAGUGAAGAGCAGAGCGUCACUCGCAAGAAGCACAUCCCAGACACCAGGGUUCACUGCUGCCUCUAUUUCGUCCCGCCUUCGGGGCAUUCGCUGACGCCCCUGGACGUGGAGUUCAUGAAGCGCCUGGACAAGUGCGUCAACAUCGUGCCGGUCAUCGCAAAGGCGGACACGCUCACCAUUGAAGAGAGGAACAACUUCAAGCAAAAGAUCAGAGAAGACCUGGCAAGGAACGGCAUCUGCGUCUACCCCGUGCAGGAGUUUGAGGACGACCCGGAAGAGACCAUCCUUAACAACAAGAUCAGGGCUGCCAUCCCGUUCGCGGUGGUGGGCAGCGACAAGCAGCACACGGUCAACGGGCGCACGGUGUUCGGGAGGCAGACGCAGUGGGGGCUGGUGGAGGUGGAGAACAGGAUGCACUGCGAGUUCCCGGACCUCAGGGACAUGCUCAUCCGGACCCACAUGCAGGACCUCGUGGAGGUGACCAAGACUGUGCACUACGAGAACUUCCGCCACGAGCGGCUACAGGCGCGCAACGGACACCUCAAUGGACAAGCCAUCAACAUCGUCAACUUGAACGAAAGCAGCCUUUGAACGUUGUGUAGCCGUCUACGCGGUUCUUUUCCUUCCGUCGACAUCCAAGGGAGUCUACGCUGGGGCGACAAAGACGAAAUGCGAGAAGUGGUACUACGACAAAAGCCCGUGCAAGGGCGGCACAACCUCGCGAGAAUUAAAUAAGCCCAAAGGGCAAACAAAUACAAGAGUUAACGAGAUCUCGUGUACACCUUUGGAUCUUUCCAUUCGUUUCUAUUCCCCAUGGACUGUCACUUUCAUAUCAGUUGCACAUGGCCAGGACGUAUGCACCACAUUGCGACGCCCAAAAAGUAAAACAAAAAAUAAUGCAGAGACUAUAAUUACAUUGGAGAUGUCAAACACCUUGUUUUAAGUAAUGGGCUAGCACACUGUGCAACACGUGAAAAUUUUUCUGCAGUCUUGCCACAAUCUCGUAUCACCUCGCUCGCAUUUUUCCUCGUCGCACUAGUGGAAGUGUACGUUGCAACAUAUCAGCCGUGCUCAACACCACCUAACCGUAAGAAAAGUCUUUGUCGUCGUGUUUGUUCGACAGCCAUAACCCAACGUCUUCCUCUUCGAUAGUAAAGCUAGCAAAUAUUGUGGUCACUUUCAUCCAGUGCAUUUGCGUCUAGUCACCGUUCCGAAGAAGAGAUCCCCCGCCUUCCGCGGGCGCUGUCGCCGUUGCCAGUCGCGCGGCACUUCCAACGCUUAAAGAAUCACACGUGCACACGCUCCAACGUCAACAAAGAAUAAAUUUAUUUAAAAGGUCGU